AUGGACUUGGGCGAAAGAUAUCCAGACGAUGCCCCUUCCUUUUAUGGGAAAGAGUGGGGGAAAUACAAGGAGCAUGAGGCCAUUAGAAGACGCAGAGAGGGAUACCUCCUGACGGCGCCGAAGGUUCUCCGCUCCAACUCCACCGAGCUGAUCUGCCUCUCCCUCUUCAACUUGGAAGGGCCGGGGAACGCCAAGCUCACUCUGACGGGGGAAGGAGAGGAUGCAUUCGCGGCCACCCUCGACCAUUCAUUCACCAAAGGGAGCAAGGAAUGCGUGGACUUUCCCGUGCCUAACGUGCCGGAGCAGAGGGGGAGGUUGCACCUCCAACUCACCCUGGAUGGGGUGCCGGACUACGUUGGGAACGAGAGCGAGUUGGUGAACAUCAGGGAAUACCAGAACCUCCUCUUUGUUCAAACGGACAAGUCCCUUUAUCUUCCCGGGCAGGACGUCCGGUUCAGGAUCCUCGUACUCGACGCUGCCCUGAAGCCUCUUGACGACCAGGUUCGAAUUCUGAGAGUCAAUUUGUGA